AUGGGCGAUGCGGAUUAUGACGAAGACACCGGACGGCCCAACUACCAAUCACCACAGACAGAGACGAUACAGGUGUCCAACCCAUCAACACCAGCAUACCCUCUACCCACUCACUCUCGACCCACACCCCACAACCAAAACGCUAGCCGUCCUCAAAAGCCUACCCCUCUUCCACACGCAGCAUCAACAACCGGCCUACCACCACGCAAACCUCUCCUAGACGUCCCCGCCCCAUCCCUAAACAAACGCCGCGCAGCCUCCGCACCAACCAGCACCACAGAACUCCUCCCCUUCAUCCCAGGCCAUCUCCCACCCCAAACGGCCUCUGUCCUACUCACCGAACUCUCCAAACCAAUCUCUGCCCACGACGAAGCCGGCUACAUUUACAUUUUCUGGCUAACAGAAACCUCUUCGACGCCUUCGAAUGACACUGCUGCUUCCUUACUCUGCGCGCCGAAGAAAUCCGCACGAAGCCAACAAAGACGGCCCAGCGAUGUAAUGAGCGCUUACACGGCAAGCAAAGGAGCCACCCGCACGAUCAAAUUGAAGAUCGGCAGGGCGAACAAUGUGCACCGUCGCAUGAACGAGUGGAACAGACAAUGUGGCUACAAUCUCAGUCUCGUUCGAUUCUACCCUUAUAUCUCUUCAUCAUCGCCAUCGCCGUCUCCUUCACGAGGAACACCAGCGAACAAUUCGAACCAUCAAGUUCACAAGGUCCCCCACGCACACAGAGUGGAGAGACUGGUGCACCUGGAGUUGGGAGACAAGAGGAUCAAACGUGAUUGUCAAGCCUGUGGUCGCGAACACAAGGAAUGGUUUGAGAUCGAGGCAACGGCAGAAGGCGUGGCUGCCGUGGACGAGGUUGUGAGGAGAUGGGUCAAAUGGGCAGAAACCAAUCCAUAG